UCACACUGUGAGAAAAAAAUGAUGGUGGCAACAAAGUAGUAUAACAUAAAUAAAUAAAAAUUUUGAGAGCGGGAAAAGUCGUUAAGUGAUUUCAAAAAAAACUCCGCGAAGCAUAAGUGGCAGACUCAGGUUUGCGGCGGCCGUCCCCCCACAAGGCACCAGGCUAGCAUUUCGAACCCAAACCACGCUUAAGGACCAGAUCAUAUGGAGAAGAAGACGAAGGAUACACUGAGGAGAUAUAAGAAGUCCUCGCGCCACAAUACCACGCACACGAGCAGCGAGAGCAGCAGCACCGAAUCGGAGAGCGGCAGCAGCUCGUUCAGCAGCACCGACAGCGAGACGGGUCAUGCGGCCAGCCAUGGAGCUGUCCACCAUGGACAUCCGCAUGGCCAUCAUCCGCGCUCCGCGGAGCGUCAUCAUCGCAAGAAGAAGAGCAGCAGGCGGGCGGCCAGCUCGUCGGGCGAUGAGCAGCACCAGCGUCGCAAGCGGGACAAGCGCGAUCAUGUCCAAAAAAAGUUGGUGGCCAAACGGAAUCACAUCAAGCGAAAGCUGAAGGAGGCGCGACUCAAGAAGCGUGCCGCCGCCGCCCUGAGCGGACAUGUCCAUCGCUCGCUGUCGCCGGCCACACGCUCCAAGCUAAAGAAACUGGCAGAACGGAAGCGUUUGCGUGCCGCCAGCAAGGAGCAGCGGGAGCGCGAGAAGCUGCGAGCCGUGCAGCGGGAUCGGGAGCGGGAUCAUCAUCGCUUGGGCAGCAGUCGAUCGCCACCGAGUUCAUCCACCACGACCACAACGAAGAUCCGAAUUCAUCAGGAUGUGGUGGGCAGCAAGCGCCAGAAGAGCCCUGGCCUGGGGCCCAAUGGCACCGGUGCCGGUGGCGGUCAUCCUGGACCCGGUUCGUCGCGCAUGCACCACCAGCUGAUGUCGCGCGAGAAGAUCAUCAUUCAGACGCGUGCCCGCGGACGCACUGCCUCCCUGGAGCGUGAGCGAGAACGAGAGCGGGACAGAGAGCGGGAGCGCGAGAGAGAGCGCCACGAUCUGUCGCUGCGCGAAAGGGAUCGUCGGGAUCGGGACAGGGAGCGCGAGCGAGCGGAGAGAGAGGCGGCACGCGACAAGGAGCGCGCCGAGGCCCUGGCCCGUUGCCAGGAGCGACAGCGCGAGCGAGAGCGACUCGCACGCGAGAAACUGCGCCGCCAGGAGGAGGAUGACGGCAAGCGAGGAAGUGGUGGUGGAAUCGGUGGACGCGACCUCGACCUGCCGCCUUAUGCCAGUCGUGAACGUUCCCUGGAUGCUGUGGAACGAGAGCGCGGCGGUGGUCGCCACAUCCGGGACAAGCGGGAGUUGGAUCCGUACGAGCGCGAGCAGGAGUACAUGGAGGAGCGGCAUGGUCAUGGCCAUGGCCUGAUCGAUGAGAUGCGUCGCUAUCGUCGCCGCGAGCUCAGUCCCCUGCCCGAGCACUAUGUGCCCCGACUGCGUGAUCCACGCGAUCUCUACUCCGAGGAGGAGCGCGAAAGGGCCUACAAGCGGGCAUUCAUGGAUGCGCGUUUCUCGUCGCGUGAACGCGAGGCCUGGCUCGAGGCGCGGGAGCUGAGGGAGCGUGAGCUGCAGGGACGCGACUAUCGGGAGCUGGUGGAGCCCGAGGAGGUCCUCUAUCCGGACGAGCGGGAGCGUGUGAUUCGCGAUCGUGAGCGUGAACGCGAUCGGGAGCGAAAUCUCGACAGAGAGCGCAAUCUGGGGCCACGCGGCGAGUACCGGCCGGAGUGGGAGCGCGACUGGGAUGAUGAUGGCAACAGUGGCGGCGGAGGCGGCGGUGGUGGAGGCGGCGGCAGUGGCACUCCCGGACGUCCCAGCGGCUUUGGGGCUGGCCCGAAGCGCGGCAAACCGCUGCCACAUCCAGGCACUGGCCCACAGCAGGCGGCCCAGCAGCAUCACUCCGCCUCGGAGCCGGACUGGGAUGCGGAUGAGCGGGAACGAGAUCGUGAGAGAGAGCGCGAACGGGAACGAGAACGGGAUCCCCGUGAUGACAGAACGGACAAUGGCAGCGUUGGUGCAGGCAGCGGCGGUGGCAGUGGCGGCGGUGUGGUCAUCAUCAAGAACGAACCCGCCUGGCUGGAGCACGAUCAACGAGAAAAGCCACGCGCCUGGCAGCAGCAGCAGCAACAGCAGCCAUCCAACUCUGGCGGGGAUUGGCGCGACAACGAUGAACCGUUUGGACGUAAAGGUGGCAGUGGCGGUGGUGGUGCCUCCAAUGAUGCUCCACAGCCACCCAACCAUCCGCAUCCCCCGUCGCCCCACCAUCAUGUGCAUCCGCGUGGCGAACGCGGCUCUGGAAGAGGCUUCCGACGCGGCGGCCAUGGCCAUGGGGAUCAUGGAGAGUCUCGUGGUGGUCCCGGCUACAGGUCACAUCCCCCACCAUUGAUGACGCUGCCUGUGCAGCCACCAGGUGGCUAUCAUGGUGCUGGCGGGGGCGGUGGCAGCUCUCGGGGAUUUCCCCACAAGCGGAUGCCGUAUGGUGGCGGUGGACCCAACUGUGAACGUGGCGCCCCGCCCGGUUCUUCGUCGUUUCUCAAGAAGCACAUCCAUGUGCCGCUCGUGUCGCCCACACACCCCGCCCCGCUGCUGCAGUGUCAGGUGUCGGCGGCGGGUGGCAAGCCGCAGCCCGGCAAUGCCGCUGCCGCACAGGCCAGCGCUGUGGCAGCCGCAACAACGGCGGUGGCAGCGGCCAAGGCGGCUGCCCAGAGUGCCGCCAAUGCCACCACCAAUCCGGGCAUACUGGGCCAAGUGAGCGGCGGCAAACCGACGACCCACAUCAAGCUGGAGGAUGCGUCCGAGGACUCGGUGAUGAGCACCCCAAGCCUGUGCACCCAGGACUCAGAGUCGCCCAAUGGCUCGGCCAAUGACAACGAGCUUGUGGGCUGCAGCACCAUCAAGCAGGAGCCACGGCAGCCACCCGCACGAGAGCCAGAGGCGGAGGAGCUGAGCGAAAUCAGCGACAGCGACGAUGACAUACUCAACACAACGGAGAUCAUUCUGGGCAGCAAGCCAACGACGAGCGCUAAUGGUGUGCGGCCCAAGGACGAGCUGCAGCUGGAUGGGGAUCCAUUGGCCGGCACACAGGAGCUCUCCACGGACACACUCUCUCCCAGCACAGCGGAGGAGGUGAAGAGCGAGAGUCCAUCUUCAACUGCGACGACAACAGUAGGACUGAAUGGGGGUACAAUCGGUGGCAAUAUCAAGGUGGAGGAGGUCGAUGAGGUGCUCGACUUUGAGGAGAUAUCCGACGGUGAGCUGGAGGAGGAUGCACGCCACAAAGGCAUUGGUGAUGCUUUGGGCGUGGACUGGCAGGGCCUGAUAGCGGAGACCAGGCAGCAGGCGGAGCAAUCGGCACAGCAGCAGGGCGCGGACAGAGGCACGUCGGCCAAGCAGCGUUGGCAGCCGCAUCGUUUGAUUCUGGACAUGGGCAUAUCGUUUGGCAUGGCCGGCGAGCAGUAUGCACGUCGCGUCAUGGAAGAUGCCCGACAGCAGCUCAUCCAGGAGAAGGAACAGUUGCGACUGGCCGAGGAGCAGGCCCUGCUGCAGCAGCAGCUGGCGGAGGAGCAGGCCGGAGAUCUGGAGGAUCUGCCCAACAAAAAGGAGGAGCCAGCCCUCAAGCGUGCCUCACCGCUGCACGACUAUCGCGACAUUCUGGCCACCGAUCAACUGGCGCCCAUGGCCUGCGUACAGCAGGGACUACGCGGCCUUGCCGCCGAGCGUCAGCGUCUGAUGGGCAAUGUCUGCGGACCGGGCAGCCGUGCGCUUUGCGCCCGCCAAGAUCUUCGCCUGCGACGGCAGCUGUGUGGCCUGCCAGCACGCGAAUGCGAAUUCCCGCGCAACAUGCCCGUGGUGGGGGAGGGACUGCGGCAUCUGGCCAUGCAGAUGUUCCAGCGCAGCCUCGACGUCAAAUGAGAUCCGAUGCGCAGGGAGUGUCAGCGCGCCAGGCCGCAGGCCGCACCCACCUACCAACUGGAUGUGAAAAUCUAUGCUGGUGGCCAGCGCGAGCAGCAGCAGCAGCUGCACCGGAAACGCAAGUGGAAGUGGACAAGGCAGAACGAAGAAUGAACUUGAAUUACAAUACAAAAUUGUUCGAAAUCACGAAAUGAAAUGAAAGGAACCAAACCGAA